AUGUCUCGAAAACUCCCAUCAGGGAAACGGGUGAGCGUCCCGCGCAUUGGGACCGACUUUCCGCCAUUGGAUAUUAGCAGUAUUCUGCCGGAUUCCGACGAUUCUGACUGCCGAAUUGUCGAUUUCCUCGACGAGUCGUCGUUUAUAGAAGAGCUGGCGAAACAGAGGGAGGCCGACGAGUUGCGGCGGGCUAACAUUGAAAAUGAAACGCCGGAGGACAGGUACAUCGAAAAAUCGAGCCAAAAGUCGAUAGUUUCUGACGAUUCCGAUUCGGCGAGGCGGACGACGUACGAUUUGGAGGGCGAGGAGAAGCAGACAACUCGUCCUAGCCGUUUCGAGAUCACGGACGUCUUUGCCGAGAUUUCCAACUCUUCCCGCCAGUCUUCGGACUCGAUGGGCUCUCCGAGGCCAAGUACCAGCCGCGCUCCAGAGAAAACGCUGCCGUUUUGUGAUCGCAUGUCGUCGGGCUUCAAUUUUACGGCCAGUCGUCAAAUCCGAAAGUCGGGAAAUCUUUGGCAAAUCGACUCGUCGAUGGAGGAGGAGAGCAGCGGGAAACAAAAAAGGUACAGCGACGUCUUCAUCACCUCCAGCGACAAGGCGUUUGAGAACGUGUUUUCUGAUGUCGAAGACCUGCUCCCCGCCGAGAAUCCCUGCCAACAAAAUGCCGCCUCAUCCGUGCGCAUCGAUUUGCUCAAAGUGUCGCAGCAGACGCAGUGCCGCUCUUUUGUCCUGAAAGGCUGUCGAAUUCUCGUCGAAAUCAAGUGCUGCACGGAGUACGCGACGAAAUUGCGGCUGUUGGCCCGGAAUAUAGGUGCUACUGUAACGAACGCGUUGGAUACGGCAGUGACGCACGUGAUUUUUGGAUGCGGUGGUGAUAAUAAGACGCCGGAAAUCGUCGCGCCGAGCUGGCUGGAGAGUUGUGCCGAACUGAUGGAGAAGCUGAGCCCGGAUACGUAUUCGAUCAAGAAAGUGAUGGCCGACGAGGUGGCGGAGGCCAGCCGAUUCACGAAUCAACGUGAAGCCGACGAUGACGACGACGACGUCAUCGUGAUCUCUUCUGGUUCUGUUGAAGCUGAACGUCGAGGAUCCUUCGCCCCUCCGAAAGACGUGGCACGCCGCAGCUCUGCCGCCAGCGAAUUGCAACGGAUUUUUGAUCAGACGUCCCGAACCGACACCAGCCUCGACCAUCCGGUCACCACCAACCAGCUGCUGCAGUACUUGAACAAGAUGAACUUCCAGGAGCGUCUCGACCAGCUGAUGCGAUGUGACUCCACCGGCCACGGCGCGCGCUGCAUGUCGGGAGGGCUGUUGGCCCAGUACGCCCCGAGCCCGCAGGAUUCGUUUGGAGCGGAUGCGGAUGGGUUUCAAGAUGAUCUACCACCGGCGCCUACGCAACAAUCCACGCAACAGCCAGGCCCGUCUGCCCCCAGAUUCUCGAAGCCACGCUCGAAAACGCGACGGCCAAUCGAAGCCGGCCAGGCCGCGAAGAUUGGCACGAUUUUUGAGCAGAGAAAGAUUCUACGCCGACGUUCGAUGGGCGGCUUCUCCCUGCAGCACCGCGCCCCCGAUUCCCUGGCCGCAUUGAAGCAGCGAGAGAAUCUUGAUGAAUUGGCCGUCGUCAACUGCCUGCCACUUCCGGUGAAGCUAAAGAAGGCAAAGCCCAAGCCCAAGUCGCGAACCCAGCUGACGCAGACUCGGAAGCGGAUCACGAAGAAGGCGAGGGCGAGGAAGGCGCCGAGUCCGGUGAGCCGGCUCUCGCAGGCCGUCUCGGUGAUGGAGAUCGACGACGGCUCCCAGAAUUCGACGAUCGACCCGGCGCGCAAGAGCUUUGUCCGGACACAGAGGCGACUACGAUACCGCGGCCCGCCCCGCUCCAGCCAACACCGAACGCCUUCCGGUUCUCGGUUCCGUGGCGAGCCGCGCACGCCGAUCGUUGAUACCGCCAGCUCGUUCCUAAACCGCGUGCUUGCCACGCCGUCCUCCGACGAGUUUGCGCACCCAAGAACGUCGCGCUACGCCUCGAAGAAGGUGUCGCUGACCCAGAUUCCCACGAGGAGCGAAGAGGCGCGUCUACGCGAACUGCUCGAAGACCUCGGGCUUGAGGCGGUGAAGCAGCCGAACGAGGAAACGAGAUGCGUAGUCUCCGGGCAUGGCGAUCGUACCCUUCAAGUCUUCCUGGCCGUCGUCUACGAGCUCCCGAUCGUCACCCCGCAGUGGCUGAUAGAUUCGGCAGACGCCGGGCGCCCGCUUUCCUACCAUAAGUACGAAUACGAGCAGUGGGCAGAUCUGGCUACGGCCCGAAAGUCACGUACGCGCAACGGCGUCUGCGAGCUGUUCCGACCGCUCGGAGGCAUCUACAUCGAUAAGGGCUGCAACAAGCCGGCCGCCACCCACAUGAAGACCAUUGUCGCGAGAUCGGGCGGGAGUCUGGUCUCCUCCGUCGACGGUGCCAUGAUGAUCGUCUGCCCGGAAGACGUCGCGCAUCCGGUCCCGCCCUUCAGCACCCAAAUCGUCGUCUCGCUGGUCACCGAGAAAUACAUACUCGAUUGCAUCGUGGAGAACAAGCUGCUCUCGCUGCGCGGCUACUCGCGGCCCGUUGUCCCGGAGAACUCGUUCCUCUCCAACGACGAGAACAGCGAUGAGCCAAGCCAUCUUACAGAU